AUGGGCCAACAAGCAUCCAUCCCCCAACCAGGGGCGCGUCUUCAAGUAAUCGGCGCCGGCCUGUCGCGUACUGGGACAGCAUCAUUCAGUGCUGCAUUAGAGAUCCUCUUGGAUGGACCUGUCUACCAUGGCGGAACACAAAUAACCAUGGGUCCUCCGACUGAGAUCAAAUCCUGGAUCCAGGUUCUGCAAUAUUGGUUACACGGGAAGGGGGCAGACCGACCUAUGAUGAUGAACCUCAUGAGGCAUCGACUUGAUGGGUUCGUCGCUGUCACCGAUGCACCUUGCUCUCAGCUCUUCGAGGAAUUGCUAGAAAUGCACCCAGACGCCAAGAUCAUCUGCACAACCCGCGACCCAGUCUCUUGGGAGAAAUCUAUAUCCCAGGUCCAGCAUGUGUCGCUACUAUGGUUCCUGCGCGGAGUCCUUCUUCCGCUCGAGGGCAUGCGACAUUUCGUGCAUUAUAUCAGUCUGUUGGAGAAGCAGUGGCUCACGCUCUAUGGGACCAAGAGGCCUGAUCGCACGACAUACGACAAGCACAUUGCUUGGUUGAAAGAGGUGGUGCCAGAGGAUCGCUUGGUGUUCUAUGAUGUCAAAGAUGGAUGGGGGCCGCUGUGCAAGGCACUGGGUAAGGAGGUGCCCAUGGACAAGCCAUUUCCUCAAAUCAACGAUGGGCAUGCAAUUGAUCAAACUGCUCGGUAUCAUAUCCGGCGGGGGCUCACUCGAUGGGCUGCGAUUCUGGGUGUGGUUGGAGUCGCGGUUGCUCUAGAAUUGCAGAUAUUGUAUGGUAUAUUCACCCGUUGA